UUCAUUUCUUUUAUAAGGGAUCAAGUUAUUCGAAUCGAAAUUAGUACGGUAGAAUGAAGUUUGGGUUCAGGGUACAACGCUUGCGGACCCGGAACAGAGCCUCGACUUCUCCGAAUUCAAAUUGACUGUUGGAUGGUUCGUUUCGGAACACCCCUGUAAAAAGGAACACACGAGUAUUUUUAAACUGUCGAUGAGAAAAUAACUGUGUCGUGAACAAAAAGCAGAUCACCUUGAUUGCUCCAUUCAAUGGAGAAAUACAGUAAAAAAAUGGUGACGAAACGCAUCAAGUUUUGGACCAGAAAGGAUCCUGUAUUGCAUCAUCUUGUUCUCUGAAUUUUCCACCGAAACAAUUCAUAAUUAGUUCUUAAUUAUUUAUAUCGUUGUCGAGAUAAAACAAUAAUGCGCGUAUUUGAAUUUUAGAACGUUUACAGGAAAACAUUUUCAAAUUAGAAGAUUUUCAAAGCAGAAAAUCUGUUCAAUCGACAUUUGACCGGAUUGACAGUUUCAGCGUUAAAACGUUUUAAAUCGCUAUGUUCGAAAAAGUGAAGACUAUUUCGAUUGAUUGUUUCGGUUGAAACGUAGAAUUUCAUGCAAGCAAUUCGAUAACUAUUCUUUUCUCGUUUUUACGGAGGUUCCUGUAAAUCGGUAUCAAGAUUUUGUGAGUGUUGAAUUUUACGCGGUCCCAGGAGGAACACGAAACGAAUAUCAAUGAAAUUCUAAAGCCAACGACCCGGUCGAACUCGCUGUUUUCACUUUCGAACAGACGAAAUCCUUUACUAUUGAAAAUUCCUCUCGUUAUCCUUGUUCGCGAUUCGCGUUAGAAGAAGAAAAUGCAACGGAAAUAUCUGCUCAGGAAGAAAGUAAAAAUUACCGAAAGAAGAACUUGACCGACAAUUAAAAUAAAAUAAAAAAUGAAAAGAAAAGUUAGAAGAAUUUGUUCGAAAUAUCUCAUAUAUUGGUUACCGUAUAUUUUAUGUUAUCACAAAUGCCUGCCGAUACUUGUAAUCGAACAAACACUCGGCUGCCAAUAGAAAAAAAGCCAGUAAUCGAUAAUGCGAAAUAAAUUGCGAAAGCCAUACACAAAUAAUCGAAGCAUAGAAACAGAAUGUCGAUAGUUGUCAGUUACUAUGAAGAAGCAGGUUUUUCGAAGAUUAAACACGUGGAAGAGCAAAGUAGACCGACCCAGUUUUGGUCAACUUUGAGUGUUUGUUCAUAUGGGAGGGGUACCGGAACGAUGGUUUUGCGAGAAGGGGCCCACAAUACGACCCCGCGACCAUAUAAGCAACGACCGCUGCCAUUUACGGGACAGAGUGUUUCAUCCCUUCGUUGAUUCGCACGUCGUUUCAUCGACGAUCAAGGAUGCAGUUUGAAAUGAUCUUCGUGGUAGUAGCGGCUACAUUGCUGCAAGGUGGAUACGGUGGUUUCGUGUCCGUCAGGAUGCCGUACUUGAAUCCGGCAGGAGUAACAUACAUCGACAACGUUCAGCCCGAAGCGCAUCUUUACGGGGUUCCUGCCAGAGUGGAAGCUCAGCAUGUCGGCUAUGCUGCCGCCCAAGUGCCAGCAGUAGCUGCUGUGCCGUUCGUCAAGCACGUGCCUACUGUUUCUCAUGUGCCUGUAACCAAGAUCGAAGCUCAACACGCUCUCUUAGAGAAACAAUUGGACGUAGUGAAACCUGCCGUUUCAACUCGCAAAUUCGAAGUCCGUCGUCCAGCCAUACAAAAGCAAUUUUUCGACAUCGAAGAACGCGUGGUGGUUCGUCCAGCCGGAUCAGCGGUAGUUGAAUUAGAUCAACCAACCUCGAAGACUCCAAAAGGACCAGCUGUGAUCCAAUCACUGUAUCCGCAAUUCGAAGCCGGGCCAUCGGUCGCUCCGCCGGUAGUUUCUUCUACUCCAAGCCCUAAUGACGACGAGACCGUAGUCGUGGAAAAUCCUGACUUCCGCAAUCGUGCUGCACAAAACCAGGCUAACGCACUUGGAGCACAAACGAGAACCAACAUCAACGGUGCACAGUCCGGAGAACCGUUCGUUGCUCACGAUCCGACACCAGGCGUUGUCGUAAGCCCGCAAUCCUCCCCUGAACAAGAUAGACAAAAUCAGAACAAACUGCUCGAGUUGCUCACUGCUCGUGGCAACGUUGCCGAGGUUGGAUUCAAUAACCUCGGACUUUCGAAAUCCGUCGGAGAUGCAGGUCAAAUACGGGGUCGGGUAAUUUCCGCGACUCCUGCUCCAGAAUACGCGGAUCCUGCCGACGAACGCGUAUCCACUCGACGAGUCGUAGUUAGCAGGCCCAUCGAGACUCUUCAGGAAGUAAACGUUGUGGAACCAGCGACCAAGAUCGAACGAGUAUCCGUGCAUCAACCCACCCUUAUAAAAACGGCGCGUCUCGACCAUGUCCAGGUUCACGGUUCUGUACCAGUUGUUGGAAAAGCUCUCGCACCUGCAAUUGCUCAUGCUGCUGUUCCAGUUUACCAGAAGACUGUCUCUCCAGCUUACUCUUACGAAUACUAUCAUUAAAUUACCUAUACUACGUGACUGUACUUUCUAUAAAUUCAAAAGCAGGGUAUUACAUCCGGAUACAGUAAUACGUAUCAAGAAUUAAUGAGAAUGGUUUUCAUUUCUACAUGGAUACUUACGCGAU